AUGGCGGGACAAACCUCCGUGUCCCGGGAGAGGCAGAGGGAUAAACCCACCGUGUCCCGGGACGAACGGGCGAUGAUGGACACGCGGGCCGCGCUGCUGACCGGGCGGCUGCCGGUGCGCUCCGGGAUCUACCCGGGCGUGUUGGAGCCGGGCUCGCGGGGCGGGCUGCCGCUGGCCGAGGUGACGCUGGCCGAGCUGCUGAAGGCGCGGGGCUACGCCACGGCCAUGGUGGGCAAGUGGCACCUGGGCUACGGGCGGAACGGCUCCUUCCUGCCCCUGCACCACGGCUUCGACCAAUUCCUGGGCAUCCCCUACUCCCACGACCAGGGAAGAAGCCUCUCCCCUCCCACCACCCCAAAAUCUGCUCCUGGACGACCUGGCCUUGCUAUUCCCGCCCAGCCCGGGCCUCACUCUGCCCUGUCCCCCGUGCCAGCCCCGGGGACAAGGCUGGGGCCGACGCGGUGCCCGUGCCUCCGGCAGCACACGCACUACCCGCAGUUCGCCAGCCGCGAGUUCGCGGGCACCACGCGCCGGGGACCCUUCGGGGACGCGCUGGCCGAGUUCGAUGGCUCGGUGGGACAGCUGCUGCAGGCGCUGCAGGACAACGGCUUGGAGAACUCCACGCUGGUGUUCGUCACCUCCGACAACGGCCUCCGCUGUGGCAAGGGCACCACCUACGAGGGCGGCAUGCGGGAGCCCGCCCUGGCCUACUGGCCCGGCACGAUCGCGCCAGGGGUGACCCACGAGCUGGCCAGCUCUCUGGACGUGCUGCCCACGCUGGCGGCGCUGGCGGGCGCCGCGCUGCCCGAGGCCGCCCUGGACGGCUUCGACCUGAGCGAGCUGCUGCUGCACCGCGGCCAGGUGAGAGCGGGCAUGGACAGGUGAGAGCGGGGCAUGGACAGGUGAGAGAGGGGCAUGGACAGGUGAGAGAGGGGCAUGGACAGGUGAGAGAGGGGCAUGGACA